GCCUUCGUUCGCUAUAGAACGCGUGUAAUGGUGAUGGAAAGAGUAAUAGCCGAGGAACAUCUAUUAGCACCGGCAUGCAUAGAGUGAAAGUGCUGGAGGAAGAGCUAAAAUUUAGUUAGGCGGUGGCGAUAGGGACUUAGGGGUUAGCCAGCAUGAUUGGAGGACUGUUUAUCUACAACCACAAAGGGGAGGUGCUCAUAUCUAGGGUCUACAGAGAUGACAUAGGCCGCAAUGCCGUGGACGCGUUCCGCGUGAACGUGAUCCACGCGCGUCAGCAGGUGCGCAGUCCCGUCACCAACAUAGCGCGCACCUCUUUCUUCCACAUCAAGCGGGCCAACAUCUGGUUGGCAGCAGUGACGCGACAGAACGUGAACGCGGCCAUGGUGUUUGAGUUCCUGCUCAAGAUGUGCGACGUCAUGCAGUCCUACUUUGGAAAGAUCAGCGAGGAGAAUGUCAAGAACAACUUUGUCCUCAUCUACGAGCUGCUAGAUGAGAUCCUGGACUUUGGAUACCCCCAAAAUACAGACACCGGGAUCCUGAAGACCUUCAUCACUCAACAGGGGGUGAAGUCUCAGACGAAGGAAGAGCAAAGCCAGAUCACCUCCCAGGUGACCGGCCAGAUAGGGUGGCGCCGUGAAGGAAUAAAAUAUCGUCGUAACGAGCUAUUUCUGGAUGUCUUGGAGUAUGUAAACCUUCUUAUGUCUCCCCAAGGACAGGUGCUGAGUGCACACGUCGCCGGGAAGGUAGUAAUGAAGUCUUACCUCUCCGGCAUGCCGGAAUGCAAGUUUGGAAUAAACGACAAAAUAACUAUGGAGAGCAAGGGCAAGAGCAGCACCAUGGAUGACCCCACUCGAAGCACUGGAAAGACUUCAAUUGCAAUAGAUGACUGCCAGUUUCAUCAGUGUGUCAAGCUGAGCAAGUUUGAGAGUGAACAUAGCAUAAGUUUCAUCCCACCUGAUGGAGAGUUUGAGUUGAUGAGGUAUCGCAUCACAAAAGACAUCAGCUUUCCAUUUAGAAUCAUCCCCUUGGUAAGAGAGGUUGGCCGCACUAAGAUGGAGGUAAAAGUGGUGCUCAAGUCAAACUUCAAGCCAUCACUCAUUGGACAGAAGAUUGAGGUACGCAUUCCAACACCACUGAACACAAGCGGAGUUCAGCUCAUCUGCAUGAAGGGCAAGGCCAAGUACAAGGCCAGUGAGAAUGCCAUUGUAUGGAAGAUUAAGCGUAUGGCUGGCAUGAAAGAGACCCAGCUUAGUGCAGAGAUCGAGCUGCUGCAGACUGACGCCAAGAAGAAAUGGAACAGGCCUCCCAUCUCCAUGAACUUUGAGGUUCCAUUUGCGCCAUCCGGUCUGAAAGUCCGCUACCUCAAGGUGUUCGAGUCGAAGCUGAACUACAGCGACCACGAUGUGAUUAAAUGGGUGCGCUACAUUGGCCGCAGUGGCCUCUAUGAGACCCGCUGUUAAUUGGUGGAACCAACAGAUGGGACCCUCCCAAAACCCUAGUGUUUUGUUUUCAGAACUAGAAGAAAAAAAAAAGACAGGACUUUUCUUUAUCUUUUUCCUGAAGCCUGACACCGUUCUAGGACAGUAAUUAAACUGAAAGAAAAGGUUUUGGUGGUUGGAAGGUCACAGGAAUCUAUUCAUUCUGUUUGGUCAUCAACUUAACCUACAUGCUCUAUCCUCAGCCUGGUCGAGAGACCCGCCUGUUCUUGCAGCGCUAUCGCUUUUUUUUUUGUCCCUGGCAUUUUGAAAAUGGGGGAGUGAGAAUUUUUGAAUGACUAUAUCACUGAUAAACUGCACAGAGAGGUUGUAAAUGUGUGUUAGGCUGAGUGUUAUUACUGUUGCUGCUAUUGUAUACUGCAAUAUCACGCAUUGCCCAUUUUUUUCUUUUUUUCCACUUUGGGGGCUCUUACUGGUGAAGUCAAUGUAAGCAUGCUGUUAGACCAUUCCGCUGUAGACUUGUCAGCAGUGUUUUUGCUGUCUGUUCAAUAAAGUUAAAAAUUA